CGAAUGAUUUUUCACAGUACCGACGGGUCCUAAAACCCUGCACCGCGGAUGCUCCUGGAGUCCAGCCAUUUGCGGCAAAGGGUGCUCUCAAUUCAGAACCUAACUGGAAGGACUCCUGCCACGGCACACUGCUGAGGUUCGGUGUGAUGAAGCUUUGAGAAACAACUGCUCUCUGUCCCUCCUGGAUCUGGCGUCUCCACCUGGCUGGCACCACCGACUCGACCGGGCAAACACAUGGUGGUCAGUACAGCCUCCACGGAGGUGCACUGACACCGCUCACCUCUACUCCCCUGUCAGGUCUGCCUGGCAACGGCUACCAUAACGAUGAGCUCUCACAGUCGCUCAGGUGGCUUGACCAGCAACGAGCAGCCCGUGGAACUUCUCAAACCAGCCACACUCAACCAUUUCGUUGACGUGAGCUCGGCAGCACUGCCCAUGCAGGUGCCCCCCAACACCUCAGCCAUCCUUCCAAUGGACCUGCGCGUAGUCGACCACCCCCACCACCACCACCACCACCACCACCAGCAGCCCCAAUUCGGCCUGGGUCCCCAACCCCACAGUACCCCGCCCGUCUCCACAGCCUGCCCCUCCGAACCGGGCCGCGGGCCAGUCAUUAACCACCCGGAGCAGCAGCUGCAGCAGGAGCUGGUGACUCUCAAACACAAGCAGCAGCUCCAGAGGCAGAUCUUGAUCGCCGAGUUCCAGAGGCAGCACGAGCAGCUGUCGCGACAACACGAAGUCCAGCUGCAGGAGCAUGUCAAGUCUUGUUUCUCUCUCCACCAGCACCAACAGGAUCUACUGGCUCUCAAGCACCAACAGGAGCUGUUGGAGCACCAGAGGAAGAUGGAGCAGCAGCGUCUGGAGCAGGAGAUGGAGAAGCAGCAGCGGGAACACAAACUCCUCCAGCUCAAAAACAAGGAGAGGGGACAGGAGAGUGCCGUCGCCAGCACAGAGGUUAAGAUGCGGCUUCAGGAGUUUGUCCUGAACAAGAAGAAAGCGCUGGCUCAGCGAAACCUUAACCACUGUCUGCCCAGCGACCCGCGCUUUUGGUAUGGAAAAACCCAGCACAGCUCUUUGGACCAGAGCUCUCCUCCCCAGACAGCAUUGUCAGCGUACACCCACCCGAUGCUGGGCACAUACGACUCCAAGGACGACUUCCCUCUCCGAAAAACAGCCUCGGAGCCCAACCUGAAGCUUCGCUCCCGGCUAAAGCAGAAGGUGACAGAGCGCCGCAGCAGCCCUCUUCUCCGAAGGAAAGAUGGCCCCAUCACUUCCGUCAAGAAGCGUUCCCUAGACGUGGCUGAGUCAGCAUGCAACAGCGCACCUGGCUCAGGUCCCAGCUCCCCCAACAACAGCUCCAGUAACAUCCCCAGUGAGAACGGGAUCUCCAUCUCCAGCAGCCCAGGAGAGGCCUCGCUGCUUCAUAGGUUGGCUGCUAGGGAGGGUUCGGUCAGCCAGCUGUCUCUCUACACCUCCCCUUCUCUGCCCAACAUCACCCUGGGACUGCCAGCCACAGGGCCGGCCAGCUCUGUGGUGUCAGGACACCAAGAUGGUGAUAGUCGUCUGGCGUUGCCCGGGCUACAGCAGGGGAUUCCUCUGACCCCUCCGUUCCUGCCCACGGCCCACCUGCCCUCCUACUUGGCGUCCUCGGCUCUGGACAGGGAGGGGGCCGGAGGGGGCACGGCCGGUCACAACCCCCUUCUCCAACACAUGGUGCUUUUGGAGCAGGGCCACAACCCAAUGGUUGGUCUUGCUGGCCUGCCGCUGCCCUCACCCUCUGUCUCCAAACUUGCUCGUGGCCACCGUCCCCUUGGGCGAACCCAGUCAGCCCCUCUGCCCCAGCAGCAAUGUGGACAGGCCCAGGCCCUGCAGCAGCUGGUGGUCCAGCAGCAACACCAGCAGUUCCUGGAGAAACACAAACAACAGUUCCAGCAGCAGCAGCACAUCAUCAACAAGAUCAUGUCCAAGCCCAGUGAUCAGGUCUCAGCUGCGAACUCCAGCGCCUCAGGGCCGGCCAGGCAGCACCAGAGUCACCCAGAGGAGACGGAGGAGGAGCUGAGGGAGCACCAGGGGCUCUCCCUUUCAUCCUCGUUAUCCUCUUCCACAUCCGCGCAGGAGACGGGGCCUCUGCGAGGGCUGGUCAUAAAACAGGAGCCCCCAGACCCCCAAGAGCAGCAGCAGGAGGAGAGAGAGAUGAGGGACAGACAAGUCGAGCAGGAAUUCCUGUUCCGACAGCAGGCUCUGAUGUUAGAGCAGCAGCGGAUCCACCAACUGAGGAACUACCAGGCCUCCAUGGAAGCAUCCGGGUUGCCAGUCAGCUUCGCCGGACACCGUCCCCUCUCCAGGGCUCAGUCGUCCCCAGCCUCCGCCUCCUUCCCCAUGGUGGUUCAGGAGCCGCCCGCCAAGCCUCGAUUUACAACAGGUCUGGUGUAUGACUCCUUGAUGCAGAAGCACCAGUGUAUGUGCGGCAACACCACCAGCCAUCCAGAGCACGCUGGUCGCAUCCAGAGUAUCUGGUCCCGACUACAGGAAACAGGCCUCAGGGCUCACUGCGAGUGUAUCCGCGGUAGGAAAGCCUCGCUGGAGGAGUUACAGACGGUCCACUCCGAAGCCCACGUCCUGCUGUACGGAACCAACCCGCUGCGGCAGAAACUGGACUGUUCAGUGAGUCCCAUGUUUGUGAGGUUACCAUGCGGAGGAAUAGGGGUGGACAGCGACACCAUUUGGAACGAGGUCCAUUCAUCCAGUGCGGCUCGUCUGGCCGUGGGUUCCGUGGUGGAGCUGGUCUUCAAAGUAGCGUCGGGAGAAUUGAAGAACGGUUUUGCUGUAGUUCGACCACCUGGACACCACGCUGAGGAGAGCACGCCUAUGGGCUUCUGUUACUUCAACUCAGUUGCCAUAGCAGCCAAGCUGCUGCAGCAGAGACUCAAUGUCAGCAAAGUCCUCAUCGUGGACUGGGAUGUUCACCAUGGCAACGGCACCCAGCAGGCCUUCUACGCAGACCCCAGCAUUCUCUACCUGUCGCUGCAUCGCUAUGACGAUGGGAACUUCUUCCCCGGCAGUGGAGCACCUGACGAGGUGGGCAGUGGAGCAGGUGAGGGCUUCACUGUGAACAUGGCCUUUACUGGAGGACUGGAGCCUCCCAUGGGUGAUGCAGAUUAUCUGGCUGCAUUUAGGACGGUGGUUAUGCCUAUUGCCAACGAGUUCGCCCCAGACGUGGUUCUGGUAUCGUCAGGCUUUGAUGCGGUAGACGGACAUGCUCCACCCCUGGGAGGAUACAAGCUGACAGCCAAAUGCUUCGGCUACCUGACCAGGCAGCUGAUGGGUCUGGCAGGCGGUCGGUUGGUGCUAGCCCUGGAGGGAGGUCACGACCUCACGGCCAUAUGUGAUGCCUCUGAAGCCUGCGUCUCCGCUCUGCUUGGCAAUGAGUUGGACCCCAUUCCUGACGAGGUGCUGCAACAGAGACCGAACGCCAACGCUGUCCACUCUAUGGAGAAAGUUCUUGAAAUACAGGGUAAGUACUGGCGGUCACUGCAGCGCUCCGCCUCCACACUCGGUUGCUCGUUGAGCGAAGCCCUUCAGCGUGAGGCAGAGGAGGCUGAGACCGUCUCCGCCAUGGCCUCAUUGUCCGUCGCCAACAAGCACGUUGGAAAGAGGGCUGAAGAGGAACCCAUGGAAGAAGAAGCUACCAUGUAAAGAAACGUCAUCUUCAGUCUUCAUCUUUGACAGUGUCCUCACCCAGUCAGUGUCACUUUAAAUGCCACUCCCGUGUCUCACCCGCUGCCACACCCAGAUGGCAAGUUCUUACGCGUGAGAAGGAGCCGAGCUGACAAAAGUGGCGCUCUGAGAAACGGAACACUGAAGACGAGCGAUGCAUUCACUGAUCAGCAGUGCACAGACUGAUCAGCAUACAUGUGUUGCAUUGUCUCUUCAAGACCUUGGACGCGAGAGGAACGACUCAACCAUCCCAUAAUGACAACCUCGAGUGCCAGUGCUUUUAAAACACUAGACAAGAUGGACUAUUUUGAAUGCCAGUCGGAAACGAUCCGUCGUCAUCUACUUUUCUUAUUUUUCUGUUCUCUCUGCGCUUUAUCGUCACCUUCAUACUUUCAUCAAAAACCCACCAGAGCUAAUGUGAUUGUGACUCUGCAUCAUGGAAGAAUCAUCCCUGCUCUUUGAAUAUAUCUGGACGAAUGGAACAAAGUGGUUGAAUUUCUUUCAGUUUACCUAGAUGGUUGAAGAUUACAGAUGAAAAAGGUCAGCAGGUGUUCUGAUUCCACAAUGAAUGACAGUGAAAGACUGUGUGUUCGUGCCUUUUAUUUUUUAUUUUUUUUAAACCUGGUGGAUUUUCUGUUGAACUCUACUGAAAGAGCUUUGCCUUAAAAAACAGGUUUUGGAACGAGACCUCCUCUCCCCGACCCCCUUAAACAUUUCUAUCCUGGCAAGACAUUCAAUGCCUGCAUGUUGUUGGCACAUAGACUGGAGUACCUUGGCAUGCUUACCUAUAAUUCCCUCCAAGCAGCCUAGUGUCUCUCCAUCUUUCCUUUAUUUGCCCACAUUAAAAUAAUCUUAUUUUAGAAUGUACAGUUCCCAGCCACAAGUUAGAGGUGGUUCAGUUGCAGAUCGGUGAGGAAUAGAGAAGAAUAACUGUUAACUCAUAUGGGCCAAUGUGUUGAACCAGCCCUCUCUUCAAGACAACUGUGUCUCUGUGGUAACAAUGACAAAACCACCUGGGAUAUUCCAGAGAGGUUGUUCCAGGGCUGCAUGGGCUCUCACAGCUGGUUUAACAUCUUUAGUCCCUACACAUCUGCUCCCCAAAUGUCAAGUGCUAUGAGGCAGGUGUGUGUACAUCUGUUCAUAUACCGCGGAGCGAAAGCUGCUCUUUGUAAACAUUCAAGUGCAGACGCAUAUUUUUAUAGUUCUUUAUUUUUGUAUUAAUCUACCAUUUCGCUUGACCAGUGACCCAGCCAGUGGGAUAAGCCCAUGCAUUAUGAAUGACAGUGCAACUUUGAAUAGCACAUGUAGCUCAGAUUUUGGUCUGGAUGCUGAAUCCUCACGACAUUUUAUAAAAUGUGUAAACUAUAUCAAAUCUUUAUUCCAAUCAAAGUAGCUAGCAGCUCAAAAAGACACUAAAUGUAGCGUCCAAGGCGCAAAUUUGGUAACACUGAUUACAAAACUCCAAAGACACUCCCCCAAAAUGAUCAUGAUGAACAUCAACAAUUGUCAGUACUCCAACAAGCAGCUUGUGGAAGACUCCGGACCUUUGACUUAAACUAAGUUGGCUAUCAGAGCCCAACCCUGCUAGCCAUACAGCACACCAGCCACCAACCGAGCCAGGGAAAUAGCCAUAAUUACAUGAUCUUUUUUCCUUUUCAAAGACUUGUUUUUAAUACAAGUUAAUGCUGAUAAAACUGUCCCAGUGUGCAGAAGUUGACUGUAACCACCUCUCCAACUUGUGUUUUUUCCCCUUGGCAACUACCUUCCCUCACCUUUGUUUCAUCUACAAGCUAAUCAUGUUUAAUGUAUUUUGUUGGUGAACAGGAAACAGAUUGCUGUGGUGUUUACUGUUGUUUACUGUACAUAGGACAUCGAUCUCCUGAGUAUUCCUGCCACACACGUUACUCAAUGACUACUCUACUUUUGUUGAUUCUUUUCUUUCAUCUGUGUCAUUUUUCCCCCCUGGCUUUGCUGCCCUUUCAGUGGACUCCAGUGUCUUCUUUUGUACAUUUUUAAUGUUUUGUUCCUCUUUCUCGCUGUCUCUCUGUUACAUUGUAAAGCCGACUUACUUCACAACAGGUGAGGGUUCAUAUCCUGUUUUUAGCGGACAUCACGUGACUUAUGUUU